GGGCGGAGCCAAGAGGAAAACAAGGAAGUGAAACGUCGGCCAUCGGAGUUUCAAUGAAUUUUAAGUCCCGUUAAGCUCUUGCCGUUUGGACAUUAGUUUGUUUUAUGAUUCAGUACAUAAAGAGGGGCAGAGUAGACGGAACUGGCAAUGGAGAAUGUACGAAAGCGUCGAGGCAAAGACUUAGACAGUACUGCCGGUGUUUGCAAAGAAAAUGCCCCAAAGAGGAAAAGACAACCUUUUCACUUUGACCUUUGGCUCUGUCUGACUCUACAGAACUGGAUACUUGACUUUGGAAGACCCAUCGUCAUGAUUGCCCUUCCUUUGGAGUUGUUUCCUCUGAACAAGCCAAGUGUUGGAGAUUAUUUCCACAUGAUCUACAAUGUCGUCGCACCUUUCCUGCUACUCAAGCUGAUCGAGCGCGCUCCCAGGCCUGUUCCCCACACAGCCGUCCACCUCUGCAUCAUCACGUUUGUCAUGGGGGCCAGCAUCCACCUGGUGGGAGACUCCAUCAACCACCGGCUCAUCCUGAGCGGCUACCAGCUGCACCUGUCAGUCAGAGAAAACCCAAUCAUCAAAGACCUCAAACCGGCUUCACUGAUUGAUUCAUUUGAGCUGCUGUAUUAUUACGAUGAGCACCUGGGACACUUAAUGUGGUAUAUUCCAUUCUUCAUCAUUGUGCUGAUCUACUUCAGUGCCUGCUUCUCAGACUCUGACGGUCAGGAGAAAAUGCCUCUCUCUGGUUGGCUGUUACUGGGAGCCAGCUCUCUCUACUAUUGGUACUUGGCCACCGAGGGUCAGAUAACUGGACUGUUCCUCCUUACUUUCCUCGCCAUGUUCACAGUGAUGAUUUUCCAGAAGCGUAAAGGCCUCGCCCCGGACAGCAACGGCUCCUUUCUUUUUUAUAGCUUCAGCAUUACUCUGCUGCUCGUGUCCCUGUGGGUGGCCUAUCUGUGGGACGACCCGGUGCUACGCAACAAAUACCCCGGACUGUUUUAUGUUCCAGAGCCCUGGUCCUACUACACCUUACACAUAAGGAAGAGCCACUGAACCGAACGUUCAAAUUUUAAAUAUAGGAGCAACCGGUGUUUUUAUGAUGUGAUCGAUUAUUUCUGAAGCGCAGGUGAAACCUACUCCCAGACAGUAUUCAGGUAAUCCAGGCUUUCUCGUGGUAUUUUUAGGUUAUGAGAAACAAACACUUGUGUAGAAAAAAUGUUGGGUUUUUUUAAAUAUAGUUUUGCAUUUUUUGAAUGUUUUUUUGAGGACUGUUGUGCUUUAAUCUAUUAAAGAGUAUUUACCCGCUAAAGAAAAAGGAGGAUGUUCCCGUUCCUCGUUAAUCUGUGUUGCUCAUUAUCACAGUUGGUCUCCUCCGGACCUGAAGCCUACUGUAUGUUUAAUGUGUUACUGACAUUUUUUGAUGAUGUGUACCACCAUGAGAACAAUACAUCAACUCGUACUUUCAAGUAAAUGUAUUCAGCUGCCAAAUCUUGCACAUGUUGAAAAACAGCCGCAUUAACUAGAGUGCGAGACAAACAAAGUCUCACCUCAAAGGAUCCUAUUAGUCUCUUGCUAAACCUGUUGAUAUAAAUCUUUCAGCAUCUCAGAUGAAACAUGGCUGAUUUUCUGUGGGUUACAAAUGGGAAACAAAAGUGAUUCCUGACACAUUUAAGGAAAAUAAUAUGCAUACGUUUGUACCGUUCUUGCUGCGAAACAUAAAAAUAAGAGUCAAAGAGAAGAGGGCACAUUUUUUUCCUCCACACCAUCUGUUUUAGGUCAAACAUUUACUACGCAUAGCACAGAGGGGAGUCGCUGUGCUUGGUGUUUGACUGGGAAGCCGCGUUUAUUAAUGUGGUGCUCAUAUAUCCUCCACUGCUCUGUUUUCACUCGACGCACCAGACGUCGGCGGAAGGGAUUUAGUAACAUUCAACAAUCUGGAUGUUUCUCAGAGAUGUUGCAUUGCAGAAUGCAACAUCUCUUAGUAUUCUUGAAAUAAGACACAACUAACUUCAAAGUAACUUUUCAGCAAGAUAUAGAAUCAUUUUUAAAAGUCAACAAGUCAGAAGAGUAGGAUGCCUGACGACUUUACACGACUUGGAGGAAAACAUUUGUUCUCCUGACAAACUGGUCCCUAAGUUGACAGAAACUCAUAAUCCCUUGACAUAUUGAAAAAAUGAUCAGUUAAAUAGGGCUGCUAAUGAUAAUAUUGUAUUUUCAGUGUGUGUAAAAAAAUAUAUAUAUGAAAGACAUUUAAAAUCAAAUCAUCUUACUAAAUGUUUACGACCCCAAAAUAUUACUUUGUGUUAUAGAAGAUUUCUAAUUACUUCUUUAAAAAUGUGAUACACAAUGCUUACAGUUUGAAUAUUACUUCUCUCACUUUUCGUUAUUUAUGUAAACCAGACUGUCCAUGUAACUUUUUCCUCACUGCACAAACACAAAAUCUAAUAUUUUCCGUCUAAUGUUUAGUGCA